AAAUACGUCAUGCGUCAAAGUCUAUUGAUCACAUGUGUUCAAAAAUGUGCUUGUAAAAAUUUAAAUAUUGUGUUUAAAUUGUACACAUAUAUCAUCAUUUAGUGCUUAAUCAAUAUUUUAUAUUGUGCCAAUCAACAGUAACAUUGACCUUUAAAAUGGUGCGACAUAAUAAUCAAUUGCCUAAUAAUUUGACUCAACUACAAAAUUUGGUAAAAAGGGAUCCAGAUUCGUAUAAAGAUGAAUUUCGACAGCAACUAGCCCACUUUGAUACAACGUUGGAAAUAUUUCAGUUAAAUCCAACACAAUAUAACAAGAAGUUGGAUGAACAAGCGAUGUUUCUGGCACAAGUUACCCAAUGUUAUCAAAAUGAUAUGAAGACAUUUCCACAGAAAAUUGUAGAUAUUUUAAAAACUCAUAAUACAAUUCUCCACAAUGAUAUGAGAAUGGCCUUAUGCAAAUGUUUAAUUCUGCUAAGAAACAAAAACUUUGUAAGCUCAUUUGACUUGCUGGAGCUAUUCUUCUCCCUCAUCAAAUGUCAAGACAAAAAUUUGAGAGAAUACCUCAAGACACACAUCAUAACUGACAUUAAAAAUUUAAAUAUGAAACAUAAGGAUAUGAAAUUAAAUUCAACAUUACAGAAUUUCAUUUUCACUAUGUUGCGUGAUACUAAUGUUAAGACUGCAAAAUUAGCUGUGGACAUCUUGAUUGAAUUGUAUCAUAAAAAUAUAUGGAAUGAUAAUAAGACUGUUAACAUCAUUGCAGAUAUUGGAUGUUUUUCAAAAAUAACUAAGGUAAUGGUUGCAUCACUUAAAUUUUUCCUUAGCCGAGAUGAAGAAGACAAAAAAGAUUCUGAUAGUGAAGAUGAGGUUGACCCAAGAGAUACAAUGAUAUCAAAUAAAUUUAAUAAGAAGACCAGGAAAAGAGAGAAAAUGGUUGAUAAAGUGAAAAAAAUUGCAAAGAAAAUUAAAAAGAGAAAGGAAAAGGCUCCAGUAUUUAAUUUUUCUGCUCUACACCUUAUUAAUAAUCCACAAGGAUUUGCAGAAAAAUUAUUUAAACAGGUAGAAUCUUCCAAUGAGAGAUUUGAAGUAAAACUUAUGACACUGGAUGUAAUUUCAAGAUUAAUUGGUUUACACAAUUUGUUUUUGUUUAAUUACUAUCCAUUUAUUGCAAGAUUAUUGAUGCCCCACCAAAGGGAAGUCACGAGGGUUCUUCAGUUUGCAGCUCAAGCUGCACAUGAAUUAGUUCCACCUGAAGUUAUUGAGCCAGUCAUGAGAGCCAUAGCCAAUAACUUUAUCACUGAAAGAAAUUCAACUGAUGUUAUGGCUGUUGGAUUAAAUGCUGUAAGAGAGAUUUGUACACGAUGCCCUCUUGCAAUCACAGAAGAUCUGCUACAAGAUUUAGUACAAUAUAAAACAUACAAAGAAAAAUCAGUAAUGAUGGCUGCCAGAUCACUCAUUCAACUAUAUAGACAAUCUAUGCCGAAGAUGCUACAUAAGAAAGAUCGAGGAAGACCUUCUGAAGCUUCUGUAGAAUUAAAAACAAAAAAAUAUGGAGAAAUCGAUAUAAAAGAUUAUGUGCCUGGCUCAGAAGUGCUAUUGGAAAGUGAGGAAAUUGUAGACAAGAAGAAAUCUAGUAAGAAGACAAAGAAUGUAAUUGAUGACUCUGAGGAAGAAUGGGUUGAUGUAGCUUCUUCAGAUGAAGAUAUUAAUAUAUCUACUGAUAGUGAAGAAAGUGACGGGAGUGACAAUGAAGAUGAGGUAGAGGAAGAAGAAGAAGAAGAUGAAGAAACAAAUGCAGAUAAAGAAACACAACAAAAUCCUGACAAAAAAGACACUACUAAAAAAGUAGUUAAAACCAAACAACGUAAGUUGACACCAGAAGAAAUUCAAGAAAAAAUAAAAACUGCUCGUGAAGUUGCGAUGGGUAAAAUUUUUACUGAUGAAGAUUUUAAAAGAAUUGAAGCUGCUCAGUUAAAGAAACAUGUCUCUGGUGCUAAACGUAAAAAAGUUGUUGUAGAUGAAGAAGACGAAUCCUCCGAGUUAGUGAAAUUGUCAGAUAUUGAAAAUAUUUAUAAAAAAAGAAAACAUGAUAAAAAUGCUAGACUUGAAACUGUUCUUAAAGGUCGUGAAGAAAGAGAAAAGUUUGGAUUCAAAGAUAGAAGGAAAAAUGUGAACUGUUCUAAGACAAAUAGAGAAAAAAGAAAAACUAAAUCAUACCAAAUGAUUAAACACAAGGCUAAGGGUAAAAUUAAAAGAUCAUUUAAGGACAAACAAAUUGCCUUUAGAAAUUAUUUGAUAAAACAGAAAAAAAUGAGUUAGUAUUGAAUAUGACUGUUUUACAUAUUAUAAUAGGUAAUACAGAUAAAAUGAAAUAAAAGGAAUUUGUUAAGAUGUA